UACUCCCUGUUCCUACAAUGGCGUCGCCGGUUCUUCCGGCAAGCUAACGUACCACUCUCAUCUCUUCCAAUCUCUUCGUCUCUUGUGUCUUUCAUACCUGUUCAUACCACAGAACUAUAGCAUGACGGACGACGUGGUAAUUCUAGACGAUCCUGUCCAGAAGGAAGAAGAAGUUGCUCAUUUUCAAGCGCCUGCAAUUCAGCAUAACCCUAACGGAUGGGGCCCUUGUGAAUUACCUGAUCAAUUCAAGGAUAUACCUUAUCAACCAUUUUCGAAAGGCGACAGAUUGGGCAAGAUAUCGGACUGGACAACUCCAGCUUUUCAGGAUAAGAAGUUUCCUAACAAAUAUACAUCACAAUUUGGCUCAGGCAGUCAAUAUGCAUACUACCAUGAUGAAGAUGAGACGACAUUCCAUUUGGUUGAUACAACUCGUGUACAAAAACCACCAUAUCAGCGUGGUGGACGGUUCCGACACAAUCAAAGGAAUUUGCGUGGUCGUGGCGGACAACGAGGUGCCUUGAGUCAGAUGCAACAACUUAGUAAACUGAAACUCCGUGAACGAGAACGUAAAGGCCAAACGAAACGAUGGGGUAGACAGCAAGGAUUACGUAAUCAUAAGAAUCAACCCCCAAUUAAAAUUCGUGAUGCAUCUGUCACAGUAAGACCAGACUGGGUAACUAUUGAAGAAAUGGACUUCCCUCGCUUAGCAAAAUUAUCUUUACCUGGUGUAAAGGAUGGUGAAGAUAUUUCAUGUUGUGGCUCCCUCGAGUAUUAUGACAAAACUUAUGAUAGAGUAAAUGUUAAAAGCGAAAAGCCAUUGCAAAGAAUUGAUAGAAUUUUCCAUAAAGUUACAACUACUGAUGAUCCAGUUAUUCGGAAACUCUCAAAAACAGAGGGAAACGUUUAUGCUACAGAUGCAAUUUUAGCAACAAUCAUGUGCUGUACUCGAAGCAACUACUCUUGGGAUAUUGUGAUUGAAAAGAUUGGAGAUAAACUAUUUUUUGACAAGCGCGACAGUACUGAAUUUGAUUUACUGACUGUAAACGAAACCAGUGUUGAGCCUCCCCAAGAUGAUGGAAAUUCUUUAAAUUCUCCUAGGAAUCUAGCAUUAGAGGCCACAUUUAUCAAUCAUAAUUUCUCACAGCAAGUAUUGAAGUCCAGUGAACCUCGAUAUAAAUUCGAUGAAGGAAAUCCAUUUAUUUCGGAAGAGGAGGAGGGGGAUGUUGCAAGUGUUGCAUACCGAUACAGGAAAUGGGAUUUAAAUAAUGGAAUUGUUCUCAUUUCAAGAUGCGAACAUGAUGCGGUUAUGCAAGGACCUAAUAAUGAAACUCAGUUCUUAACUAUUAAAGCAUUGAAUGAAUGGGAUUCAAAGUUAGCCAAUGGCGUAGAAUGGAGACAAAAGUUGGACACUCAGCGUGGUGCAGUUCUGGCAAAUGAGUUGCGUAAUAAUGCAUGUAAGUUAGCAAAGUGGACUGUCCAAGCAUUAUUAGCUGGUUCCGAUCAACUGAAGUUUGGAUACGUGUCAAGAGCAAUGGUUAGAGAUUCCAGUAAACAUGUUAUCCUUGGUACACAGCAGUAUAAGCCAAAUGAAUUUGCAACACAAAUCAAUCUUAAUAUGGACAAUGCUUGGGGUAUUUUGAGAUGUAUUAUUGACAUUUGUAUGAAGCAAAAGGAUGGAAAAUAUCUUAUUAUGAAAGAUCCUAAUAAACCUAUGAUAAGAUUAUAUGAUAUACCAGAUAAUACAUUUGAUAGUGAAGGAGAAGAAGACGAAGAUGACGAUGAACCUGUUAACGAUGCUUUUCAAAGUUAACAGACAAGUCAAGUUUUUGUCAAAGCUCCUACCAGUUAUUGUCUUGAAACUUAUUAAUUUGUACCAUGAGCACAUUCUGUAAGAAGCAAAAAUGUGGACAAAUAAACAACUUAUAAUAGAA